AUGGCUCAUUUGAGCCUCACUACGGUUAGCGGCAACUCGGUGAUACGCCACUUUCCGUUCCAGGGCUACUUGGGUCUUACACCGGUGCACAUAGAAGGAAUUGUGCAGAUACGUCUAGAGGCGAAGCAGAAGCGUAUACCUGCCAAGCUUCUUACCGUCUCCGUUCGUGCUUACGAGUCGCGCCGCACUGGAAACUCCCAGACUCGUGUACUGGUCGACUACAGCCAGACAUUGUGGAGCAAGCCCUCAGACCAGCCCCAUGCAGAAUUGGGCGAUUUCCAGUCGCCGUUCAAGAUCACCCUCCCGAAGGGUGUCGUUGGCUUUAGUACCGUAAACUACCAGGAUUACCGGACGUAUUGGAGAGUAGAAGCCACUCUCGAGCAUGCGGUUGCAUUCAAGUCGGACAUAGUCUUGUCAAAGCAUUUCGACUUGUUGCUCACGCGCCACGACAUUUCGCGUCCGCUAAGCCCGCCUCCGCUGCCGUCUGGGCCAGAUAUUGACCCAGCUUUACCGCUAAGGACUGACAAGCCGCGCGCACCAGUGCUACACUAUAAUAUUUCAACACCGGUGCAUGCCGUCGGGCCGACAGACCUGUUGUUCACCUCAGUGUUCAUUCGACCAGUCGACAAAUCCGUCAAGCUGCGGAGCGCGUCGCUCCUUGUCGAGAGGCGUCUCGUUCUGCAUGACGACCGUCCGAGCUCGCCGUUGUCGGCCAACCGGUUCCGUGCCCACAUCUCUCUGCGCCCCUCACCUGCCGAGCACGGGAGCGCAGAUGACGUCUUUGCCUUUGGCGUUGUCAGAUCUCCUUCGUCCCCUGUUGUCGCCACGCCGUCUAAUAUUUAUCCAUCUCCGCCGACGUCGCGUGAAGGGACCGGCCGCCAGAAGACUGUGACGUCUACGGUCGCAGUGGGUCAGGCAGCCGCGUUCUCUCUCGAUCGCGAGACAGGCGUGUGGACCAAGACGAUAUCUCUACCGUGGCCGGCCUCGAAAGGACAGUCGCGCUGGCCUAUCGGAGAGACGGUGAGGGGCGCUCUCGGCUCCGUCAGCUUCUGGGUCAAGGUCAAGGUAGCGCCCAUGAUGCCCGCCACACCCGCACUGCUCAUAGCCUGCCGCUUGUAG